GAAAGUUGAGACACACUGCACAGAGUUGAACUUUGCAGGGCGCCUGCAGACUAACGGAGCAGCGCGGAGAGUUUGGAGAAAGGUCGCAGCAGAGCUCCGGAGAGGGAGACUUCAGAGUUACAUAAGAGAAAACAUAAAUCCUGAAUGAGCGCUGGGCUCUGGCUUCAGCCACAGACUCUGCGCGUAAAUGCGCGACUGAGUUGAGUUUCCAGCUAUGAGCAGGACGCGUGGACUGCGGUUCUGACCCGGUUCUGAGUGUUUGAAAAUGAAACUGUGGAGCAGGUUGUCCUCCUGGAUGAAUGUUUGGAAUAUUUUCUUGACUUUAGGCGGUGAAGUGUCUCCGUGGAGCUGUUAGUUCUCCACGCAUGAAGUCGUGAGUCCUGCAGCUGAAUGAGAUGGAUGAUCAUCUGAGCGCCUGUUUGGAUCCAGUUCAGCUCUGAGCGGCAGAAUGAAGCCAACCUGCUGUAAAUAAGAUAGUUUUAAUAUCUGUGGAUUGAGAGUAACUGAGGAACCUUUCAAAGUCGGACCGGAGAAGUUUUUCAUGUGCUUCUGUUCUGGUUCCCCCCGCGGCUUACAACGCGCUCACAGCUGAACCCGAAGAGACGCGGAUGUCCGCCGGGACGCAGCGCGCCGCGCCGCUGCCGCUCAUGGAGCGCUCCGGGCGGCCGUCGCUGCUGCUGCCUCCACCGCUGCUGCUGCUCGGGCUGCUGCUGCGACUCUGCUGCGCCGUCACCGACGACCGCCUCAUCUCGGACCGGUACGCUGUCUACUGGAACAGCUCCAACCCCAGGUUCUUCCGGGGUGACUACACAGUGGAGGUGGCAAUCAAUGACUACCUGGACAUCUACUGUCCUCACUACGAGGUGCCAGAGUCGGCCGAGCGCAUGGAGCACUACGUUCUUUACAUGGUGAACUACGACGGCUACAUGAGCUGCAACCACUACAGGAACGGCUUUAAACGCUGGGAGUGCAACCGGCCACAGAGCCCCAACGGGCCGCUCAAGUUCUCCGAGAAGUUCCAGCUGUUCACGCCCUUCAGCCUGGGCUUCGAGUUCAGGCCGGGACAUGAGUACUACUACAUCUCGUCCCCACAUCCAAACCUGGCUGGGAAACCAUGCUUGAAGCUCAAAAUCUACGUCAAACCAAGCAAUGACUCCAUUUAUGAAUCACCGGAGCCCUUCCUGACCGACGACACCACCGGCGGCAGCAACCUUGCUCUGCCGUCUGCCAUAUUGCUCUCGCUCCUCCUCAUCCUCCUCCUCGCCUCAUCGUAGCACCACCUCCUCUUUCUCCCGCUGCUGCAAGAACAGAACAGAUGAAGAUGAAGUCCUGCUUCCUAAACUCUGAUCCUUUUCUGGACAUCAUUGAGGAGUCUGAGGUCAGCAGCGGGAGACUUUUGGAGCCGCAUCUCGAUUCCACAUGGAGUCUCUGCAAACUCUUCUGCUUUGUGAUGUUGCUGUUAAAAAUCAAAUACACUUUCAGAUCUACAAGCUGAGACUCCACUGACUCCCAUGUUCAAAUGUCCACCGCCUGCUGGAUUUGAUGUAUCUUAAACCUUUAAGCUUAAAUCUGCCUUGUCUAAAUUUUAAAAUUUCCAUGUGGUUCAUUUUAGAUUUAAUGCCAAAGUUUUGUAUAUCCGCUGUAUGAGCUCCUAUUAGCUGUAGCCAAACGCUAAGACUGCCAUAAAAGUGGUUCUUUUAUUUUUGAGAUUUUGCAUUGUUGCACAGAUAUCAGCUAAUAUGCAGAAGUCAAAAUGCAGAUAGUUUUUCUUCAACUUUUGGAAGAUUUACAGAAAAAAUAAAAAAGAAAUCUAGAUCCUAGUCAAAAAUAAUGGCUAGCAGACAGAUGAUCGAUCAGGAACUCCUUGUAUUCCCUGACAACUUCUAAAUGCUGCUAGCUUUAACCUUCAACUAGGAUGAAGUAUCUCAAAAAAAAAAAAAAAAAAAAAAGUUUAAGGUCUGAACACAUCUUGUUGUAACUAAAAUUUACAAAUAAAAUA